AUGGCCGGGAAGAGGACGACGACGGCGCGUAAUCAGCAUCAACCACCGCCGUCGCCGCCAAACCCUAACCCUAACCGUCGGCGCCGGGCCGCGGCCAGCGACCCGGCCCCGGACGAACGGCCGUCGAAGCGCAUGCUGGCCUUCCACUUCCUCCGCGCGCUGGCCCGGAUCCACAGCACCACCCCGGCGCCGCGCCGCCCGCGCACCAUCCGCCGCGCGGCCUACUCGUCCAUGGCGCGCGCCGCCAGCCCGCGCCGGGCCUGGACGCAGGCGCUGCUCCGCCAGGCGCGCGCGCGCAGGGUGGUCGCCAGGUCCUCCAGGCGCGCGGUCCUGCUGCGGAGGCGCGUCUCCGCCGCAGCGCCACCGGCGCCUCCGCUGAUGCUCCGCGCCAGCAGCGCCGGGGAGACGUCGUCGGCGCCGACGCCGCCGCCGGCUCCGGCUGCCGUGGCGGCCCGGGGUCCGCCUCCGAGGCAGGCUGGGGAUCCGGCCAGGGCCGACGCGCUCCGGCGGCUCGUCCCCGGCGGCGCCGAGAUGGAGUACUGCAGCCUCCUCGACGAGACCGCCGACUACGUGCGCUGCCUCCGCGAGCAGGUGCAGCUCAUGCAGAGCCUCGUCGACCUCUUCUCCGCCCAACGAUCGUCGAUCGCCCAACAACCGAACCAGUAA